AAUGACCUAAAGAAGCCCUUAAACAAGAAGUUCGGAUAAUUUCGAAAGGUUAAGCCGUAAUUUGAUUGACAUUAGAUAGAGAUUCGGCUAUCGAUAUAAUUCUACUGGAUUAACGUAGUCGGUUAGAUCAUUAAUUAGGGAUUUGAGCCUAUAACAUCUCAUAUUGGUAAGCUAGACACGAAGACUUUGAUUAUAGAGCUCGUUUGAAAUCGAUUCGAUUAUUUAUCCAAUCCGAUUCGAUUCGAUUCGAUUAGUACUUUCUUCUUCAAGUACAUAAUAUAACUAUAUAUAUAGUAAGAAGAGAUCCACUGGUUCUGAGUCCACUCACCACCCAAUGGAGCUGCAGAAAAUUUUAAUGGUAGCAGCAGCCUGUAUAGGAUUCAUUAACCUUUCCAAAUAUCUUCUGAAAAUCCUCCAAUGGAUAUGGAUCACGUUCUUCAGACCCGGGAAAGAUCUCAAACAACAAUACGGGUCGUGGGCUCUGGUCACCGGUUCGACCGACGGAAUCGGCAAAGCCCUAGCUUUCGAAUUGGCGGCGAGAGGUCUGAACCUCGUACUCGUUGCCCGAAACCCUAUAAAGCUGAAAUCCACGCUCGAAGACAUCUUGCAGAAGCACGGCGGGAUCGCCGUGAAAACUGUGGUCGUCGAUUUCUCGAAUUGCGGAGGGGAGGAGAUCGCGAGGGUAAUUGGGGAAGAAAUUAGGGAUUUGGAUUUGGGGAUUCUGAUCAACAAUGUCGGAUCGGCGUACCCGUACGCGAGGUUCUUCCACGAGGUUGAUCCGCAGUUGUUGGAGAGUGUUGUGAGGGUGAAUGUGGUGGCUGCAACUUGGGUUACGAAGGCGGUGGUACGAGGUAUGCUGGAGAAGAAGAAGAAGAAGAAAGGCGCCAUUGUUAACGUUGGAUCUGGUUCUUCAUCCUACUGUGUUUCCUCUUACCCUCUCUACACCGUUUACGCCGCCACCAAAGCAUACGUGGCGAUGCUAUCGAAAAGCAUGAGUAUGGAGUAUAAGCAGCAUGGAAUUGAUGUACAAUGCCAGAUUCCAUUGCUUGUGGCAACUAAAAUGGCAUCAAUAAAGAAGCCAUCAUUCUUCAUUCCAUCUCCAGAGACAUACAGCAAAGCAAGCAUCAAUUGGAUUGGCCAUCAUGAUCAAAUCUGCUUGCCCUAUUGGCCUCAUUCCUUACAGGCUGCAGCUAUACGCUUAUUACCGGAGACAUUUCUCGAUCUUUGUCUGCUCAAGUAUUUCGUUGGGAUGCGAGCACGAGGGCUGCGUAAGGAUUCUAAAAUCGGCCAUUUGAAAAGUCACGGGUAGUAAUGAUCCUGCUAAAUAUUAGUUCGGAAUUCGGUUUCUUUAAUGUGUAACUAAAUUGCGGGCGUGUGAAUUGGUUUUUCGUAAUACGAUUGAUUUGGUUCUUGAUAGGAGAAUGCAUGCUUAAUCUGA